AUGGGCCCUCUUCAUGAUGCAUCCGGGGUCUACGAACGUUCUCCUGCGCCUCCGUAUUCCGCACGCAGUGGUCCCGGCCCAACAACCCCAUGGUACGACGACGACGACGACGACGACGAUGAUGAUGAUGAAGGAAGACCUUCAAGGCCUCCGGAAGAAACAGUGACGCAGCAUAGAUCUGUCACUAAGAAGGACGACAAGAGCAAGAAGAGAAAGGCGGAGGUGCUGCAUUAUGACGAUGACGACGACGACGGCAGCGACGCUUCUGGCGCUGCUAUUGCGGCGGCUAUGAGGUCUCGGACAUCUGACAGUGUUGUUGCUCGCCUCCGCCGUCCCGGCACGCACGACCCGAACAAGUUCUACUACAUCAGCAAGAAGGACUGGGCCAAUGCCAUCAAGACCGAGAACACGAGCAAGCUCCACCGGUAUGACCACGCUGGCCGCAUCAUGGAGGGUGAAGGCAAGCGUGCUGUUACCAAGACGUGCGCACGCUGCCACAUAAGCGAUGGCAAGUGCUUGAUCACCGGUGGUGACACGGUGAUGGAGGACGCGCCGCCGGAGGAUACUGCCACACAGAUCGCGCCUCUCAAGGCGCAGAUGGCCCAUAUCUACGAUCGCUUUGGCUUGCCGCUGCCGCUCGCGCUUGUCAAGAGCGUCAGCAGCGACGACAGCAGCAGCAGCAGCAGCAGCAACAGCGACGACGCGAACGAGCGCGCGGAGGGCACGGAUGGGCAGACUGCAGAUGAUCUGUACACGAUUUCAAUCCUACUACAUUGCACUGGAUGCUGUAUUUGA